AUCCCGUUAGAUCACGUGCAAAGGUAUAGUUUGGAGAAGAAAAAGCGAAAUAUGUGUGUAAGGUUCAGACAAAAGUUGAUUACACAACAAAACGCUAUCUCUGAACAGGACAAGGAAAGUAACAAUACGUGUUUUGGUUCUAAAAUACAUUCAACACAUGUCAGUGAAGAGAAUCCUAACCACAAAAGUAAUGAAGUUAUUGAACAAGAACCACAUGUAGCUGUUUAUGAUAAUCGAAAUGCAAAAACUUAUGAUGAAAACUAUAAUGGAGCCACAAUAGGCAUCGUUUCGAUUGAAGAAGGUAUUAACCAAAAUGUCGACAAGGUAUCAACUUUUGAUACAAGUCAAGAAUAUGAAAACAGUAAGUUAACCGUAGGAAAUCCAACAAAAUUGAUAGACAACACUCAAGCUAUAGAUGGUGUUUAUCAAGAAAUAGAUACAGGACAGACAGUUUCUGUUCUUGAACAGUUGGAUCCGAGAAAUUUGAGAGCGAGAAUAAUUUUCGACGAUGAAGAUGAUGAUGAUUUUUAUUUUGAGUUAGGUGAUAAUGGCGCCAUAGAUACUUCCAUGAAAGGUGAUAAUGUCAUCGACCAAACAAAUAUCAUAGACAUUACGGAUAAGGAUUCCAAUUCAGGUGAAGCUAGGGAUAUCAGUGAUUGUAUCAAACCAAAUAUGCCGCACAGCUCCUUUCAGGUCUCAGCCCAGGAAAGGUCAGCUAGUAACAAAAGUUUGUUAUUAGAUAAAUAUAAAAUAGAAGAAGUUGCGUACGUUAAAGAACUAAUCAAAGAGAGCAAAGAAUUGACAUGUUUUAAAAAUAAACUUAAAAUUGAACAAAGAGGAGCUACUAAAGAAAGUAUUAAAGAAGCUACAAAUCAAGUAUAUGUUGCUCAAAAACAGGGAAGUGGCAUCAACAAAAUUAUUAAUCGAGCGACCGCUAUUAAGAGGACGUCGGAGCAUGACCACACUUAUACUAUAAAUAAAAGCCUGAAUAAAUGUACAAGCCAAAAUGUUUACGAUAUUGAUGAAAAUAGGUUUUCUGAACCAAGAUAUUGUAACGAUCUUAACGUCGUGGAGCAAUAUAAAAAUAAACCUGAUAAUAUUAAAGCGAAUGCCAUAAAUGUACAUCUUUUGUCAACUAUGCAAAGUAUAAAUGCACAAGGUACUAAAUUAAAUUAUGUUGAAGGAGAGAAAGACGUGUCUAAAAACAAAGACGUGGCCCUGUCUAGUAAUGUGAACCAAACGAUUGAAAAUAAUUUCCAACUAGAACAAUGUUCCAUUAACCAAGAAAAUAAAGACGGCCUUAAUAAAAUUUAUGGUUUUGAACCAAAUUCAAACCAAUACGAACAAAAAAUCUCUGAUGUCGUCCAAUACGUUGAUAUGAGUGGACCAAAUGGUUUGGAUGAACCAAACCCUAAUGUCACAAAUGAACCUGUCGAUUCUGAUAAUAAAACGGGGGUAUCACAGUUGGUUAAAUCAGUUGGUUCAAUUCCUGAUUCUUGCGAACCAUUAGAAACUAAAUUAAAAAAUCAUGAAUCUGGUGAAAAUAUUGAUGUAGCAAAGUCAUCUUAUGUGAAUAAACCAAGUGAUUUGGACAUAAAUCAAGUUGUUCCAAUAGUUUUAAAGUUUGAUAACACCAAAGAGAGUGUUUCGACGACUGUUGGAUAUAAAACCAGAGUCGAUUCAAGAGAAGCUAAUACUGAAAGUAAUGAUUUAAAACUGGAUUCAUUAGAACCAGAGCCUGGAAACUCAAAUAUAAAUAGUGAAUUAAACUGUGUGGAAGAAAGUUCGUCAGCGGCAACAGUAUGUUGGGAGUUGAAUGAGAUUAGUGACAAUGAACAUAGUAAGGAAGUCAGUGCGAGGGAAGACAACCAUCACGAGAAAGGAAUCGACUUAAAACUUGUAACAGAGACUACUGUACCCCUCGUAAGAUGCGACUUACAGCCAUUCUGGAAGAAACAUUCAUACAACAAUUCUAUAAAAGUAUACAACUUCAAUUUAGACAUAUUUACUAAAAAUGUAUCGAGAAGGUCAAGGAAUAUUUAUAACAACGAUUUUCCAAAUAAGCAGAAACACGUGACAGUAAAAGUGUAUAAUAAAAAAGAUUUAAUGAAAAAUCCAGAUUUGAAUAAAAAACUACGUAAAUUGAGUGAAGAUUUUUUAUUGAAGAAUGCAGAUUUAUUAAAUAUAUGCCGACCGGUUACGGUGGAUCUGAUCAGAGAGCGGAUACAUGGACUUCGAGUUCAGGACUUUGAAGGGUCAGGCGAAAGAGUAUUGAAGAAAGUCGUACUGCCUGACAUCAAUGAAGUGAGGAGGAUCAACAAGAGUAUAUUAACCGCUCAAGUUGCACCUAUUACUGUGGGCGGGAGUUCCAAUGUGGAGACGUCGACUGAUGUAGUCGACGGACAGGAUACCGGUACGUUGAAACAUUUUUUAUGGAGGUUUUGGACCUAGAGGUGACCACGCAUGCUAAAAGAUGGCCAGUCCCAUUCGUCGUUAGUGUGUGUAUAAUUUAUACUUGCAUGGCUAGUUCGCUACGUUCGCGGAUAUACGGAUGUAAGGCGUGUUUUUUUUUUGAGCAAUCGGUUUUUUUUUUAAAUAAAUCACAGAAGAAAUGACAUUUUG